GUGUGUGUGUGUGUAAACACACAUUUAAACACUGUUUUUAAGAGUUCACUUGCUGCCUUUGGAUGCUCACUGGCAUGGACCAUGAACAGCACGAGAGCAUUCAAAGAUAGCAAGUGAACACUUUAGGAAAAAAAUUCUUUGUUGUUCCUCUCCUCCUUCCUCCACAGUGAAAUAAGAAGUGGUAGCAGGCCUGAAGUCACGGGGCCCAAGGCUUGGAUUGGAGCAGGGAGAGCAGAUUGCACCUUCAGCUCCUGAGGUGCCAAUAAACAAAAAUAAUAAUGUAAUAUAUGUAACAGUUAUAUCCCCAACACCACCUUUCUUUUUUUUUUUUAAUAAACACUCCUGAUGCUAGGUGAUUAUGGAAAAAUAGCAUUUUAGAACUAAAUUGACAAAAAUACUGCAAUAAAAGGGGUAGAAAGGGAAGCUGACAUCCUAGUGAAAGGGAAAAUGUGAGUCAGUAAUUGUACUGGUUUUUUUAAUGCAUGUGAAAUGUGAAGAAACUAACAGAGUAGGAAUCUCUGGGAGGCAAUGGCAAGUAGCUGUUUCCCCCUCUGAAACAAGAACUUGUGGGUAUUUUCAGACUGGGAGACUGGACUUAGUGAACUUGUAAGCUGUGGUAUUGUGAUGUAUCUUCCAAGAGCAUAAUUAAGAAGGAAUUAAUAGUCUUAGACUGUAAGAAACCAUUUUUCUCAUUUAAGUUAAAAUAAUGAGUUAGGAGGGAAAAGGAAAGACUGUUUUGAAGGACCCUUUGCAUACUCCAGUUAAAAACCCCAUACCUAUGAAGUGAUUUAACCAUAUCUGUGUAAACUUUGCUUUUACACAGCAUGGUCCAUAACCAUAGGAAGGGAUGUUUGUGUGGACCACCUGUUUCCUCUUCACGGUCCCACUGUUUCUACAGGAGGCACAUUGAUUGCAUGCUAAGUAAUGUUAAGAGCUUAGCGAUGAAACGUGACAUUGGAGCUGAAAAGAAGAAGCUGUGACUCUCUGUGGACUACCACUGAGACAGAGACCAUGUAUGGGUCAGCUACGUCACAGUCUGAAAAGCACCCUGAAAUCUCCAUCCCUCCAACAACUUGGGAGAUGCAGGGGGAGAUAGCAAUGUGACCUUUAUAAAUAGCUGAGUUAUGUCAAUUUUUUUUUUCUUGUGGCUUGGAUAUGGAGAAGCACAGACAGCCUGUGUGACUCUGAAGACUUCAGCGGAAAUGAAACAGGAAGCCAGAUCCUUUCACAGCUUGUUGAUCUGUGAAGACAAGCUGAAUCUGUAGAGACUCCUUUUCUAACCCCAGAAGAAAAGAAGCCAGGACAGAGAAAUCCAUCUGGGUGUAAUACUCUGGAGAGGAGAUGCAGAGGCAACAUGACAGAAGGAUCAGCAAGAACAGAGACCACUUCACUGAACACGAAAAGCGAAACAGAAUUAGCUCAGAGAGAAGUGUUGGAAGGCAUGAGGUGUGGUCCUGGAAAACAGCCAGCAAGGAAUCCCUGUGUCUCAUGUGGCAAAAAGUGAAAGUGCAGCUAAUGUUAAGCAUGUCCUUCCUCACCGCUCUUUUUUGGUAUUGUAGAAGGCUGUACGGCUUUUUAGCACAGCUGCUGAAACGGUGGAGCAAUUACCUUCAGAGGCAACUCAUAAGGAAUCUCAGUGUGCUGCCAGAAGUUGAUCUACUUGGUUAUAGUGCAAGAGAAUGGAAAGGAGAAACAAAGCAGGCCAAACAGAUGAGGGAGGCAUAUGAAGAAUUGUUUAGGAGCUGUCAUAUCAAAUACCUGAGACAAGUCAGGAGGGACAACUACAGUGUAGUAAGAGCAGUGCUUUUUCAGAUAUUCAGCCAAGGCAUUCCUUUUGCUUCGUGGAUGAAGGAAAGAGAUAUAUUGAAGCUCCCUGAAAAGCUUUUGUAUUCUCAAGGUUGUAACUGGAUUCAGCAAUAUAGCUUUGGGCCAGAAAGAUACACGGGUCCCAAUGCCUUUGGGAAGCUGCGCAAAUGUAUGGAGGCCUUAAAGACAAAUUGGGCUGAAAUGAGUGCUACAAGAGAUCAUGAAGAAAGAGGAAGCAUGUGUAAUACACUGUUUUCUGAUGAAAGCAAGGAAUACAAACUAUAUGAGGCCAUAAAAUUCAUCAUGCUCUAUGAAGUUGUUGAAGCCUAUGAGCAGAUAAAGAGCAGGAACAAACCCGUACACAACCUUUUUAGCCUUCUCUUUGCUCGUGACUCUUCAUCUGACCCUCUGAGUUUCAUGAUGAAUCAUCUGAACUCCAUAGGUGACUCUAUUUGCUUAGACCAGGUUGACCUGCUUCUUCUUGGAUACUUACUUGAAGUAAAGAUACGAGUUUACAGACUGCAUAGGUUUAAUACUGAGGAAUUUCAAGUAAAUUAUCCGGAUGAAUACCGAAGGGAAUGGAAUGAGAUUUCUCUCCUGACUGAGGAUGACCACUACUAUCACAUCCCCCUUUUCAGAACGUGAAGGACCAGUGACUUUUUUCUUUCCUUUGUAUAGUGUAGUGAAUGACCAGUUCCAGUGAAUUAGGUUUCUAAUCAGCAGCAGUAAAAUCUUAAGAAUGCUCAUUAAUGAUUACAAAAUGGUUUAUGGGUUUGUUGUGUAAACAUUUUGCUUUCCUGUUGCAGCUCAGUUCACCGUCAGCCAUAAAAACCAUAAAAUAUAUUGCUAUACUCUCUGGGUCAAAAAAAUGUGAAGUUUGAGAGUUGUCAGACAAAAAAAAUUGGACUGCCUGACAGCAAAGGCAAAGGUUAUGCUGAGUUUUCUGUUGCUAGCCUAAGGGUUUACUCUGACAUCCGUGGAUGGGUUAAACUCAAGUGCCUAAAGCAAUGACUGCCUUUCCCUACUCCUGUCUGUCUCUAGCUGGGAAGGAUGACUCACAGAGGAAGGAAAUCCCAGGGUCCCACAGUUUAUGUUCCAUGCUAUUUAACUUGCAUUGACUUGGGAUGAGAGGAUAUAAACUGGGGCCUCUGCAUGGCUGCUUGAAAUCCACUUGGCUUCCCUUGUUGCUGGAGUACCUCUCUCCAGGGAUGGGCAGGGCAAGCAGCAGCAGGUUGCACUUAACUUCAGACAUGGGAAAUGGAGCUGUCUGCACCCAGUGGUGCUCCCUGAAGGUGAAGAGCUGUGGCACAGGGGGAGAAAAUCAGCACAAAAGAAUACUGUGCCAGAUGAAUGGAAGAUCUCCUGUGUGGGUAAAGCACAUCGCUUUCUCCAAGGUAAAAAGGGCAGCGUUAAUAGAUAACACCCAACAGAGUCACAGCCAGUGGCUGCAUAUGGUUUUUGUCAACUUGUAAAUCCUUUAAGGGCUAAUUUCAACAUUACCUGCCAAGAUUUCCUUUGCAGUUCAUCUGAGAAAGCUGUGCAUGGAAUACAGGCCAAAAUACUGCAUUUUCAAAAAAUAUUUUUUAUGCAUUAUGUGAAUUCAGCAGUGUUGCAUAUAUGUUUUAUCCUCUGAUUAUGUAUUAAUCUUAUUGCCUAAGAUUGCUAUCUUUAAUUUAGAUCCAUGUGUUUGAAGGAGUCUGUCCAGGACAAGUAAAUGAGAUUUAUCUUCUUACAUGGAACAUUUUGCUCAGUUCUAUUUUCUAAAAGAAUCAAUAUGUGUUUUGAUUACUUCAAAAUAAGGGACUUUAACUUGAAGUAUUAAGUCUUGCAAAAUAUUUGUGGAAAGCUUACAAUGCCACAGGCUAAUUGUUGUAUUGAAGAGGAUGUGAUUUAUUAAGGAACAAAGCCGCUUCUUUCCUUAUCCCAGAGGUAUGGGGACAAGGUAUGUUUUAUUAAACCUGCAGGAUAAAAUGCAAGCCAGUAGCAAAAAUGGGAGCAGGGCCUGCAGGAGCUAAAGCAGUUGCAUGAGGUAUCUUCAUGGUAAUGCUUGGAGUCAGUGGAGCGUGCUCAGUUCCUUUGUGUAAAGAAAAGCUAUUUUAUCCCUUAUGCUCCUUUUAUUUGUGUGUAUAUAUAUAUAAAUAUAUAUAUAUUUAUAAAUACAAACACCUGAGUUCUGUAUUGUAGCUGUUUGGUUUCCUGAAAGUUCGAGUUCAGUUUUGGUGAAUGAUUUGUAGAUUUUAAGAAGGCUUGAUAGCUGUAAUAAUAUCAUCUCAUCAAAAGCUGCAUAGCAAGUACAUUUAUUUAUUAAAAGAAAGUUUUUUCAUGGAAUGAAAUAAUUUUCUUAUUUUAGAUUUGGUUCUGCUCUGCAUGAGGAAAAGUUAUAAUACCUAAGUGUAUUUUGCAUCAACAGUAACAUUUACAGUUAUCAAUAAACUUGUCUAUAUUUUAUUCUUGUUUUGGUACAAACAGACAUACCAUAAAUAAGUAUGUAUUUUGUAGUGGGCUUUUUAAUGAUUUGUGUAUUAUUUGUGUUUAGGAAUAUAAAAGCGUUCCAGCUGAAAGUGAUAAAUUGUGAAAAUGUAAAUUUUUGUGAUCUUGAGCAUAUUAAUAGCAGGGAAAAAUCUAAAACAGA